CGUUCCAUUGCAACACGUCUGAUUUGGCACCAACAAGUUCUUUCCACAGCAUUUGUCGACGUACAUGCUGGGAUCAGACCGCUUUUUUAUAGCUCCAUCACAACACAAAUGUGUGAUGCUGUUGAAUGGAGUGAGAUCACAGCAAGCGAUGCCAGUCAGAUUGUCGGCCGUACUGUAGGUUUGGCAUGA